UUUCGAGGUUAAAUCGUUUAUAUAUUUUAACAAAAUAUUGUUUUCGUAUGUUUAUAAUUAUUUUAAUAUAGUUAUCUACAUUUUGAAAUACACAAUGAUAAAAUAAUACUGUCAACUGACAAAAAAGUAAACUGUUCAAAGAUAUAUGCCUAACUAUAUAAAUCUAUGAUUAUUUGACAAGUACCACUUGAUGAAAAUUGUAAUACUUUGAUCCUUAAAUAGUGAAAAUAUACAUAUUGCACACACUAUAUAUAUUUAAAAAAAUGUAUUUUAGGAAUCAAUCAAUCAAAUUGUUUCUUAUAGAAAGUUUGGUGCUGUUUGUUGUUAUAUUGAUACUUUCAUAUCGUUACUUUACUUUAGUAGAUGUUUUCAGUGAUCCUAUGACUCCAUUGCCACUGUCUUCUAUACCAAUGGGUCAAUAUGAUAAUGCAGCAGUCGUUUCUAACGGUGAACCAUGUGCAAAAAUUGGAACUGACAUUCUGAAGAACGGUGGAAAUUCAGUUGACGCAGCAAUAGGUACAUUGUUGUGUGAUAGUGUUGUAUGUCCGGAUUUAACGGGUAUCGGUGGAGGUUUCCUAAUGACCAUAUACAAUAGAACUACAAAUACAUCGAUAUUUAUAAAUGCUCGAGAAACGGCUCCAGGUGCCGCCAAUUACACUAUGUAUGACAGCGAUCCAACGAAAUCAUUAACCGGAGCACUGGCGAUCGCGGUCCCUGGUAUGAUCAGAGGUGUUUGGGCAUCAUACAAUUUGUAUGGAGGAGGAGUUUCUUGGGCUUCUCUGAUCAAACCAACAAUACAGCUAUGUGAAGAAGGAAUCGUUGUGAGUAAACGUUUAGGAGCCAAUAUUAACGCAGCGAGAGAUCUUAUUUUAAAGACAGGAUUGAAGAAAUAUUUUGUGAACAACCGCACGGGAGAUUUAAUGCAACCAGGUGAUAUUUACACAUUGUCAAAACUGGGCCAAACUCUACGAGUUAUAGCAAACGAAGGUGCAAAUUCUUUGUACGACGGAUCACUAACACCGGAAUUGAUCUAUGAUAUACAAAGUGCAGGGGGAAUCAUAACGAAAGAAGACUUCAGUAAUUACACCGUUCUUGUAGAAGAAAGUUUUGAAAUAAAUCUCAAAAGCGGUUACAAAAUCUAUUCAGGCUUACCAGUUGGCUCUGGUAUCAUAUUAGCUUAUAUUCUUCGAACAUUAGACGGACUAUUACCCACACCUAAUGUCGAAUUGGACGCUGUACGUUUGGUAGAAGCUUUCAAAUUUGCAUAUGGUGAAAGAUCACAUUUGGGUGACCAUAUAUUUGUAGACACGUCUGAAAUUUUAAAAAAAGUCACGUCGGAUAUGUACAUGAGUAGUGUACAAAACAACAUGUCUGAUCAACACACAUCGACAGAUCCUAAAUUCUACGGAGCCGAAUUCAGUUGGUCCGAAGACCACGGAACAGAAAAUAUAGCUGUUUUGGAUUCAUUUGGAAAUGCAGUUGCGGUCACGAGUACUAUAAACACGCCAUUUGGGAGCGGUUUCGUAUCAGAAAGUACGGGAAUUAUUUUCAAUAAUCAAAUGAACGAUUUUUCCACUCCAGGCUUUUCUAAUUUUUACGGAUAUCCAUCGUCGCUGUCCAACCUCAUACAACCUCAUAAACGACCGAUGUCCUCCAUGUGUCCUACGAUAAUAACCGAUUUCAAAGGGGACGUCGUUUUGGUUAUAGGAGGCGCCGGAGGACCAAAAAUCCCACUUGCUACCGCAUACGUAUCUGCACUCGUUUUAUGGUAUAAUAAAACACUGAAAGAAGCGAUUGAAGAACCAAGAUUAUACCAUCAGUUAAUCCCUAUGCGGGUCGAUUACGAAUACGGAGUGCUUAAGCCUGUUGUUGAAAAACUUAAACAUGUCGGCCACAAAAUGAAAAGAAUAAUGAUUAAAGAUAAAUCGGCUGUAACUGGAAUUUUUAAGACGCCCAAAGGAAUAACGGCGAUGUCUGAUUUCAGACAAAUUGGGAACGUAUCUGGAUAUUGACUUUAUAGAUUUAAUUAUAGCUAAUUUCUUGUGUAUAUAUUAUA